AUGUCAAGUAGUAGUAGUAGUAGCACUAGUAGUAGUAGUAGUAGCACUAGUAGUAGUAGUAGUAGUAGCACUAGUAGUAGUAGUAGUAGUAGUAGUAGCAGUAGUAGCAGUAGUAGUAGUAGUAGUAGUAGUAGUAACACUAGUAGUAGUAGUAGUAGUAGCACUAGUAGUAGUAGUAGUAGCACUAGUAGUAGUAGUAGUAGCACUAGUAGUAGUAGUAGUAGUAGUAGUAGUAGCAGCAGCAGUAGUAGUAGUCGUAGUAGCACUAGUAGUAGUAGUAGCAGCAGCAGUAGUAGUAGUAGUAGUAGUAGUAGCACUAGUAGUAGUAGUAGUAGUAGCAGUAGUAGUGGUAGUAGUAGCAGUAGCAGUAGCAGUAGCAGUAGUAGUAGUAGUAGUAGCAGUAGUAGUAGUAGUAGCACUAGUAGUAGCAGUAGUAGUAGUUGCAAUAUUAGUAGUAGUAGUAGUAGUAGCAGCAGUAGUAGUAGUAGCAGUAGUAGUAGUAGUAGCACUACUAGUAGUAUUAGUAGUAGUAGUAGUAGCACUAAUAGUAGUAGUAGUAGUAGCACUAGUAGUAGCACUAGUAGUAGUAGAAGUAGUAGUAGAAGUAGUAGCACUAGUAGUAGUAGUAGUAGUAGUAGCAGUAGCACUAGUAGUAGUAGUAGCUGUAGUAGUAGCACUAGUAGUAGCAGUAGUAGUAGUAGAAGUAGUAGUAGAAGUAGUAGCACUAGUAGCACUAGUAGUAGUAGUAGUAGCACUAGUAGUAGUAGUAGCUGUAGUAGUAGCAGUAGUAACACUAUUAGUAGAAGUGUCAGUAGGAUUAUUCUUAUUCUUAUUAGUAGUAGUAGUAGUAGUAGCACUAGUAGUAGUAGUAGCACUAGUAGUAGUAGUAGUAGCACUAGUAGUAGAAGUAGUAGCACUAGUAGUAGUAGUAGUAGCGCUAGUAGUAUUAGUAGUAGCACCAGUAGUAGUAGGAGUAGCACUAGUAGUAGUAGUAGUAUCACUAGUAGUAGU